AUUUAAUUAUUUUGAUUAUAAAGAAUAAUAAAAUUUUACAUUAUGCGCCAUAAUUAUAUUGUAUUAUUAAUAUUAUCUUUAUUAACGUGGACAUGUGCUGAGGAACUUUAUUCUGAUAAAUAUGAUUAUGUGAAUAUUGACGAAAUUUUGGCAAAUGAUCGUUUACGAAAUCAAUAUUAUGAUUGUUUCAUCGAUGCAGGCUCUUGUAUAACUCCGGAUUCGGUGUUCUUUAAAAGUCACAUAACCGAAGCGUUUCAAACACAAUGUAAAAAAUGUACCGAAAUUCAAAAACAAAACAUGGACAAAUUAGCAGAAUGGUUUACUGCAAAUGAACCAGAAAAAUGGAAUCAUUUCGUGGAAACAAUGAUAAAGAAAAAAGAUGAAAACGCAUAAGGUUCACGUUAACUAAUUAUUAAUAUUAUAUAAUUAUAUAAUUAAUAUUAUAAUUAAUUAAUUAUAAUUAAUAUUAUAUAAUUAUAAAUUAAUAU